GGUUCUCCACCCCCACCCCCCAGCUGAGUGGAGGAGUUGAUGUGUCUCAUUAUAACAGCCAAUGCAGCCGCCAUCCACGCACAAGCAAAGAAGCAUGUCCCAUUUAAAUACACCCACGCAGCCCCAGCGCCCUUAGCCGAUCGGGGCGCGCAGCCCACACGCACCGCGGCUCCGGGCUUGGGGAUCCGCACAGGUUGGGCUCUCGGACCCGGCGGACCGGCGCGCCGCGGAGGAUUGGGAUCCGGCGCUGUGGGGCCGGGGUGGGCGGGGGAGGCUGGGCCCGGAGCCUCUGGCUCGAUACCCGCAGGAGGACGCGAGGGAAAUAGACCAAGGUGGCAUUUCCAAGGGAGAAGCUUUGGGGGUGGCUUUGCUCCAUUUCUCGGCCGAAGAAGUAGCCAUGGCGAGCGACUCCCCGGCUCGCAGCCUGGAUGAGAUCGACCUCUCGGCUCUGAGGGAUCCAGCAGGGAUCUUUGAAUUGGUGGAACUUGUUGGAAACGGGACCUAUGGGCAAGUGUAUAAGGGUCGUCAUGUCAAAACGGGCCAGCUUGCAGCCAUUAAGGUUAUGGAUGUCACGGGGGAUGAAGAAGAAGAAAUCAAACAAGAAAUUAACAUGUUGAAGAAAUAUUCUCAUCACCGAAAUAUUGCUACAUACUAUGGUGCUUUUAUCAAAAAGAACCCACCCGGCAUGGAUGACCAGCUUUGGCUGGUGAUGGAGUUUUGCGGCGCUGGCUCUGUCACAGACCUGAUCAAGAACACCAAAGGGAACACGCUGAAAGAGGAGUGGAUUGCCUACAUCUGCAGAGAGAUCUUGCGGGGACUGAGUCACCUGCACCAGCAUAAAGUGAUUCAUCGUGAUAUUAAAGGUCAAAAUGUGUUGCUGACAGAAAAUGCGGAAGUUAAGCUAGUGGACUUUGGCGUAAGUGCCCAGCUUGACAGAACAGUGGGCAGGAGGAAUACUUUCAUUGGCACUCCGUACUGGAUGGCACCGGAAGUUAUCGCCUGUGACGAAAACCCGGAUGCCACCUAUGACUUCAAGAGUGACCUGUGGUCUUUGGGAAUCACCGCCAUCGAGAUGGCAGAAGGCGCUCCCCCUCUCUGCGACAUGCAUCCGAUGAGAGCCCUCUUCCUCAUCCCCCGGAACCCAGCGCCUCGGCUCAAGUCCAAGAAGUGGUCCAAAAAGUUCCAGUUGUUUAUUGAGAGCUGCCUGGUGAAGAACCACAACCAGCGGCCAGCCACGGAGCAGCUGAUGAAGCAUCCGUUUAUCCGAGACCAGCCCAACGAGCGACAGGUCCGCAUCCAGCUCAAGGACCACAUCGACAGAACCAAGAAGAAGCGGGGGGAGAAAGAUGACACCGAGUACGAGUACAGCGGGAGUGAGGAAGAGGAGGAGGAGAACGACUCGGGAGAGCCCAGCUCCAUUCUGAACCUGCCCGGCGAGUCGACGCUGCGGCGGGACUUCCUGAGGCUGCAGCUGGCCAACAAGGAGCGCUCGGAGGCCCUGCGACGACAGCAGCUGGAGCAGCAGCAGCGCGAGAACGAGGAGCACAAGAGGCAGCUGCUGGCCGAGCGCCAGAAGCGCAUAGAGGAGCAGAAGGAGCAGCGCCGGCGGCUGGAGGAGCAACAAAGGCGAGAGAAGGAGCUGCGCAAGCAGCAGGAGAGGGAGCAGCGUCGGCACUACGAGGAGCAGCUGCGCAGGGAGGAGGAGAGGAGGCGCGCCGAGCAUGAGCAGGAAUACAUCAGGCGACAGUUAGAGGAGGAGCAGAGACAGUUAGAGAUCUUGCAGCAGCAGCUACUGCAUGAACAAGCUCUCCUUCUGGAAUAUAAGCGCAAACAGCUUGAAGAGCAGAGGCAAGCAGAAAGACUGCAGAGACAGCUAAAGCAAGAGAGGGACUACUUGGUUUCCCUCCAGCAUCAGAGGCAGGAGCAGAGACCCGUGGAGAAGAAGCCGCUGUACCAUUACAAAGAAGGGAUGAGUCCCAGUGAGAAGCCAGCGUGGGCCAAGGAGGUAGAAGAACGGUCAAGACUUAACCGACAGAGUUCACCUGCCAUGCCUCACAAAGUUGCCAACAGAAUAUCUGACCCCAACCUGCCCCCACGGUCAGAAUCCUUCAGUAUUAGUGGGGUUCAGCCUGCUCGAACGCCUCCCAUGCUUAGACCAGUGGAUCCCCAGCUUCCUCAUCUGGUCGCUGUGAAAUCCCAGGGCCCUGCCCUGACCGCGUCCCAGUCAGUGCACGAGCAGCCCACCAAAGGCCUCUCCGGGUUCCAGGAGGCUCUGAGUGUGACCUCUCAUCGUGUGGAGAUGCCUCGCCAGAAUUCAGACCCCACCUCCGAAAACCCUCCACUCCCCACACGAAUUGAAAAGUUUGACCGAAGUUCUUGGCUGCGACAGGAAGAAGACAUUCCACCAAAGGUGCCUCAAAGAACUACUUCUAUAUCCCCAGCGUUAGCCAGGAAGAAUUCUCCUGGGAACGGUAGUGCCCUGGGACCCAGACUAGGAUCUCAGCCCAUCAGAGCAAGCAACCCAGAUCUCCGGAGAACUGAGCCUGUCCUGGAGAGUCCCCUGCACAGGACCAGCAGUGGCAGUUCCUCCAGCUCCAGCACUCCCAGCUCCCAGCCCAGCUCCCAAGGAGGCUCCCAGCCGGGAUCACAAGCCGGAUCCAGUGAACGCACCAGAGUCCGAGCAAACAGUAAAUCAGAAGGCUCGCCAGUCCUCCCCCAUGAACCUUCCAAGGUGAAGCCCGAGGAAUCCAGGGACAUCACCCGGCCUAGCCGACCAGCUAGCUAUAAGAAAGCUAUAGAUGAGGAUCUGACAGCAUUGGCUAAAGAACUGAGAGAACUCCGCAUUGAAGAGACAAACCGACCACUGAAGAAGGUGACCGACUACUCCUCCUCCAGUGAGGAGUCGGAGAGUAGUGAAGAGGAGGAGGAAGACGGCGAGAGCGAGACCCAUGAUGGAACAGUGGCUGUCAGUGACAUUCCCAGACUGAUACCAACAGGCGCUCUGGGGAGCAACGAGCAGUACAACGUGGGAAUGGUCGGGACACACGGGCUGGAGACUUCUCAUGCGGAUACCUUCAGCAGCAGUAUUUCAAGAGAAGGAACCCUGAUGAUCAGAGAGACAUCUGGAGAGAAGAAGCGAUCUGGCCACAGUGACAGCAAUGGCUUUGCUGGCCACAUCAACCUCCCAGACCUGGUGCAGCAGAGCCAUUCACCAGCGGGGACACCAACGGACGGCCUGGGCCGUGUGUCUGCCCAUCCCCAGGAGAUGGACACGGGAACUGAAUACGGCAUGGGGAGCAGCACCAAAGCCUCCUUCACGCCCUUUGUGGACCCCCGAGUGUACCAGACAUCUCCCACUGAUGAAGAUGAAGAGGAUGAGGAAUCUUCAGCUGCAGGAAGCCAGAGGUAUCCGAGAACUUUAGGAAAAGCUGUUCUUCAGCGACCUAUGGACUCACCACCUAUUUCCCAAAAACAGUUUCUGGCUCUGUUUACUAGUGAACUUCUUAGGCAAGAACAGGCCAAACUCAAUGAAGCACGGAAGAUCUCAGUGGUGAAUGUAAACCCAACCAACAUUCGGCCUCAUAGCGACACACCAGAAAUCAGAAAAUACAAGAAGCGAUUCAACUCGGAAAUACUUUGUGCAGCUCUGUGGGGUGUAAACCUGCUAGUGGGGACUGAAAAUGGCCUGAUGCUCUUGGACCGAAGUGGGCAAGGCAAAGUCUACAAUCUGAUCAACCGGAGGCGCUUUCAGCAGAUGGAUGUGCUAGAAGGACUGAAUGUCCUUGUGACAAUAUCAGGAAAGAAGAACAAGCUACGAGUGUACUAUCUGUCAUGGCUAAGAAACAGAAUACUGCACAAUGACCCAGAAGUAGAAAAGAAACAAGGCUGGAUCACUGUUGGAGACUUGGAAGGCUGCAUACAUUACAAAGUUGUUAAAUAUGAAAGGAUUAAAUUCUUGGUGAUUGCCUUAAAGAAUGCUGUGGAGAUAUAUGCUUGGGCUCCUAAACCAUAUCAUAAGUUCAUGGCAUUUAAGUCUUUUGCAGAUCUCCAACACAAGCCCCUGCUAGUUGAUCUCACAGUAGAAGAAGGUCAAAGGUUAAAAGUUAUUUUUGGCUCCCACACUGGUUUCCAUGUAAUUGAUGUUGAUUCAGGAAACUCUUACGAUAUCUACAUACCAUCUCACAUUCAGGGCAAUAUCACUCCUCAUGCUAUUGUCAUCUUGCCUAAGACAGAUGGAAUGGAAAUGCUUGUUUGCUAUGAGGAUGAGGGGGUGUAUGUGAACACCUAUGGCCGGAUAACAAAGGAUGUGGUGCUCCAAUGGGGAGAAAUGCCCACAUCUGUGGCCUACAUUCAUUCCAAUCAGAUAAUGGGCUGGGGCGAGAAAGCUAUUGAGAUCCGGUCAGUGGAAACAGGACAUUUGGAUGGAGUAUUUAUGCAUAAGCGAGCUCAAAGGUUAAAGUUUCUAUGUGAAAGAAAUGAUAAGGUAUUUUUUGCAUCCGUGCGAUCUGGAGGAAGUAGCCAAGUGUUUUUCAUGACCCUCAACAGAAAUUCCAUGAUGAACUGGUAACAGAAGAGCACUUGGCACUUAUCUUCAUGGCAUUAUUUCUAAUUUAAAAGAACAUAACUCAUGCGGACUUAUGCCAGUCUAGAGGCAGAAUCAGAAGGCUUGGUUGAACAUACAGCUUUCCCCUCUUCCUCUCCCUCCACCCCUCCCAACAGUCCGUCUUUUAGUGUUGCAGCCCGGUUGAGAAGGAGAGAAAAAGGUGGCAAGAAUUUCCAGGAGAUCCCCAAGAAUGCUGCGAUGGCUACAAAGAUGGACCACACGCCCUUCGGAGUUAGGGAUAGGAACAGUUACUGUGUGCUCUUAUGAUUAAGCUGUGUUAUGAUGGGUUUUGAAUUUUUUUUUUUUACUUUGCCCCCUCACUUUGUAAGAAUGGGGAGAUGCAUACUGAGAAAAUAAGUCAGUUUUUAAUUCUGUCUGCCUGCUAGUUUGAAGUAUAUGGUAUUGUAAAAACCAAAAUUCCGAUCUACAAUGGUGAGAGACAGCACAAUAAACAGUACCUUAUCUCCUUACCCUGAAGGCCAUAACUGCAGAAAGGGGUAACUUCAGAACACUUGCCUUCACCAAUUCAGAAGGUUGCUUUUUAACAGCAACUGGAUAAGGAAUUUUUAAGAGAAGAAAAAAAUACUAGUUUUCCCCUCUUUUGGGAAAUAGAUUUUAAAUGGCUAAACUACUAGCCUUAAUCUAAUUUAAAAAAAAUCAACUAUUACUUUUGUGAGUCUCGAGGGCCAUACUUUUACAUGGCCCUUUAUGCGACAGUGUGUUGAAUGGGACAGGAAUGGCACUGAAGUGAGUUGGCCUAGCAAUAGAGGGACUCUAAAAAUAAUGUCCCCUCGGCUCAGUACAACAGAUCAGGGAAGAGACAUGAUGGAGGAUGAGGUCAGACAGAAAGAGCAACUAGGAAAACAAGCCUACACACACACACGCACGCGCACACACACACGCACGCGCACACACACACACGCACACACACACGCGCACUCACUUUUGUAAAACGCACAAAGCCUCCUGCUAAAAAAAGGUCACUUGGUUUGGGCUUCAUUAAGACCAAGACUGUUCUGAGAAUUGGGGAAUAGAUGACAUCCGGAUUCUGGACAUUUCCAGCUCUCUUCUGAAGGUGCCACUUUCUCAAGAUGAAAACUGUGACGGAGCGAGAUGAAUAAUAAACGUUUCUGAGCUGCCUGUGUUCUCCCUGGGUCCGUGAGAGAAGGGACUAGACUCCUUAGCCUGCUUCAGGCACAGCAGGCAGUGUUGCCUCAAAUUUUAGAGAACUUGAAAGCAAGGCUUUGGCCAAAAUUCUGAAACCCUGUAUCACUUUACCUUCCUCCAAAUUAUCCGACAUCCGGUAAACAACAUUUGUGCAGAGAUAUGUAUGUAUUUAGUUCAGGUUGACCUAUGUCCUUAUAAACUCUUACUCAAAUGAUUUGAACUUCUACGUGAUUGUCUGGGAUUUUUUUUUUUUUCCAAAGCUACAAGCAUGGCCGCCCAUGGUAUCCAGGUGUUGUAAAAACAAUAUCUGUGUUGCGCUUCCUGUUUUAACCUACCUCGUUUUGUUUGUUUUUGUUUCACUGUUCAUCACAGCAGUGUUACCUCCAGGAGACAUAUAGAGAGCUCAAUUGGCAAUCCCAGGUGGUAUAUUUUUAAAACAAAACAGUAGUUGACCAAAUUGUUCUUAAAAAAAAAAAAAUUCAACAAUAAAAAUUGAUGUGGUUUGUUUCCAGAGAAAACAAUUACUGUAACUGGAUCCAAAAAAUAAUCUGUGAUCCUACUGAUUUCGCUUAAAUCCAUAAGCAGCUGAUAUACUAUUAAUGAGAACACAAUGUGCAGUUAGGAAAAUGGAGCCAUUUGAAUCUGAUGGUUUGGGCGAGGGUGUGGGGGAAGUGAAGAGGAAAUAUUCUGGUUUCUGGAUUAAAUGUUUAUUCUCCUCCUGGAAAGAUGGCUAUCUAUCAUUUGCAUUUAUGUUAACCAGGAAUCUUGGAAAUGCAACUGAGGAUUAUCUUCAAUGAGCCCUGAGCCCAGAGAUGUCCUCAUCACGGUCCCUUUAGCACGCUAAAGCAAUGAAAUCCUCCUGUUCUCAUUUUUACUAGUGCUUGUGCUGCUGAACAAUACAAUCUUCACAAAUUCCAUGCAACAAAUUUAGCAAUAAGUUUCUAGAUCGAACUUAGCAACUACUGUAAUUGGAUGCUGAUGUGGACAGAACACAUUGAUUUGAGUUUCAUCCCCAAAUGUGAUUGCCACCAGCUCUUUAUAUUGCUGCUGUGGUAUUUUAAACCAGAAGCUUUUUUUAAAUUAUGUUGCGAACUGAUCUUUUAUGUUUUGUUUUGUUUUGAUUUCUAAGUGACAAGUUUGAAACACACAGCUUUAAAUGAUUUUUUUAUUGUGGGAUUUUGGGUACAGUUAAGAAAUAAAAGGGAAUCAUUGUGUUUAAACAUAAGGUAGUUUGUGAAUGUGUUUUUUAAACUCUAGAUUCAUUGAAACAAAAAAAUCGUAAGCAAACAAUAUUAAUGCAGUCUUGUUUACAGUAUGUACAGUUACAUAGCCUAGAACAUGAGCUUUUCUGGUGCCAACAACAAUAAAACACAGAAGUUAAACAUCAA